AUGGCUCCGCUGGCCGAGGUGGGCGGCUUCCUGGGCGGCCUGGACGGCCUGGGGCAGCCGGUGGGUGCCCACUUCUUGCUGCCGCCCGCCGGGGAGCGCCCGGCGCUGCUCGGGGACCGCCGCGCCCCGGCGGAGCGGGGGGACCACCGCGCCCCGGCUGCGGCGGCGGCGGCAGCGGCGGCGGACCUGGCGCACUUGCAGGGCAUCCUGCGGCGGCGGCAGCUGUACUGCCGCACCGGCUUCCACCUGCAGAUCCUGCCCGACGGCAGCGUGCGCGGCACCCGCCAGGACCACAGCCUUUUCGGUAUCCUUGAAUUCAUCAGUGUGGCAGUGGGACUGGUCAGUAUUAGAGGCGUGGACAGUGGCCUUUACCUUGGAAUGAAUGAGAAGGGAGAACUCUAUGGCUCUGAGAAACUAACUUCUGAGUGCAUCUUCAGGGAACAAUUUGAGGAAAACUGGUACAACACUUACUCAUCCAAUGUGUACAAACACGGGGAUUCAGGGCGGAGGUACUUUGUAGCACUUAAUAAAGACGGUACUCCCAGAGAUGGGGCAAGGUCCAAAAGACACCAGAAAUUCACACAUUUCUUACCCCGGCCUGUGGAUCCUGAAAGAGUUCCAGAACUGUACAAAGAUGUGUUAGGAUACAGCUGAGGAAAGAGGCAGCUUUGGCAAAAAAGCAAACUGGAGCUGUUGCCCAUGCUUUCAUGGGCAUGCCAGCAUGAGGAACCUGCAGAGGUCUAGGAUGCUGGAUGUGAAGAACCCGCUUGGUGAAAGGCAAGCCUCUGUUUUCUAACCACUGGAUUUAGGAGACAAAGCCUUGAAGCUGAGCAUGGACCAGCCUCCUCAAGACUUGCUGAAUGGUUUGGUAGCCAGUCGCCAGGGGAAAGUGGGACUUCUUAAAACAUGAUGAACUCUUGGCAAUUCUGUCUGGAUUACUGUUGCCUGUAGAUUAGCAAGGAACCAUCUACAUCAUAUGGAUGAGACAAUGGCUGGGAGAAAUGGAAAGCAAUGGACUGUAAAAUAGUAAUAAAUCCUGAGAACUGUGCGUGACGUUUUACAGGCUCCACUUUAGUGAUGGACGUUAGAUGUCAAUACAUAGUAGUCAAAACUGGAACUUUUCUUCAGGAUGGACCUAUUUAUACAUCUCCAGAUAGCAUAUAUUUAUUUUAUAUAUUUAUUUAUUAAAGAGU